CUUGCCUUUCGGCGGUCGUACGUACAUACGCCAUCAUGACCGACCGCGCAACGCUGCUCAAGCACACGUCCAUGCACAAGGGAUUGACCAACUAUGUGGGCCAGAACAACUGCUUCCUCAACGUGAUCAUUCAGUCGUUGUGGCACCUGGACAGCUUCCGCGUGCUGAUCACGUCCAGCGACCACACCGCCCUGCACUCUGUCCACGACACGUGCCUUCUCUGCGAACUCAAAGAGAUCUUCACGUAUUACGAGUAUGGCGAAGAGAAAACACUUGCACCGGACAACGUGCGCGUGGCGCUCAACGUGCUUAGCAGCCAAACAGAUCGGUUCCGGCUAGGGGCUAUGGCCGACGCCACCGAAACAUUGGACAUGAUCUUGGCGUCGAUGCAUGCGGACCAGGUGCGCCACCACGCCCUCCCCCAUCCCACCCCCACCACGCCACUACCACCUCAACAAUCCUUGUCGUCGUCGAUCGAGAUCAACGACACGGACUGCGACCCCAAGUGCAUUGGCCACGCCUUGUUCGAGUCCAACAUGUUUGACAUGUAUCGGUGCCAAUCGUGCCAGGCCACGUCCGAGCCCGAGAUGUGGAAGGAUACGUUGUAUCGGGUGUACUUUGCCGAAUUGUACCAGUGUGUGGCCAACACCACGACAAGUGCAAAGUCGUUUUUCUUUCGAAGUAGCUCGCCAACCGCAAACCACCCGUCUAACAAGGAGAAUUCGUUUGAAGCGGUGCUUCGCACGUUAUUGAAUGAAGGACCGAGGCGGUCUUGUCCUGAGAACGAGCUCACCAAGUGCCGAGGCAGCUGCCUCGUGGAUCGUUGGCUCAUGAAGUUUCCGAUCGUGUUUGCCGUGAGCAUCGUGUGGCCCGCCACGACCGUCGGCGGCGUGGAGCUCAAAGCGUUUGCCAACAUCAUUCCCCAUCAACUGGACCUGGGCUUGAUCUUUCGACUGGGGGGCGAUGCCGCCGAUUUGCCCAAACCCGAAUCGAUCUACGUCUUUCGAGGCAUGGUGUGCUACUACGGCCAGCACUAUGUGAGUUUCUUCAAGUCUCAGUCCAAAGCCCAUGAGUGGUACCUUUUCGACGACGUUCAAGUGCACAAGAUUGGAUCGUGGGACGAAGUCCGCCGACGCAUCGAACGGGGCUGCUACCAACCCACAAUAUUAUUUUGGGAAAAGAACCAGCUCAAGUUCGAUCAACUUGAAACCCUGGCCCAACACGUGCAUUUGCCCCCGCCCACGUCGCCACGGAGUCCAGCGAAACGGCCACAAGAACAACCUUCGCCUUCUUCGCUAGUUCCCGUGCUUCCCGUGGUAGUCCAUCCCCCUGCCAAACCAUCGCCCCCGAAACCAUCUCGGCCGACGCUGGCGUGCCACGUGUUUACGACAAAUGUUGCCCCCAGGUCCCCUACCCUCUUGCCCGAUCAAGCAGCGUCAUUGGAUGCCCUGGACACCCUCGAUGAAAUUGACAUUGGGUUGCAGAGUUCUUCUAAAAGUGGCACGCGUCUAUCGUUCACAGCCCCCCUGCCUUCCCUGCAUCGCACGCCAACCUCCCCAUUGGCAUCGCAUCCGUCGUGGGAAGUCCUGCGCGCCCCCGUCGCUUCGUCCCCCGAUGGAAAGUGUCGGUAUAUCGUCCGCCUCACCGCGCAAGAUGGCGGUCUAGGGCUCGUCGUGGGGGACGACAUCUCGAGCCUUGAGCCCCCCAGCGAAUCGUCAUCAGAUCCCCAUCCCCCUCGCCGCCUCAUGAUCACAGCGCUAGAAACAUCAAACUCGAAGCGGCCGCUCCUGCCAGCGGUCGCGUGCGGAGUCAUAUGUGUGGGGGACCAGCUGCUUCAAAUGGACGGGGAGGUGGUCGAGGACGAGUCGUGGACAGCGUGGACGGCCAUGGAGCGCCUCGUCACAGCUUCUGGCCCUGUCACAUUGACGUUUGCGCGAGCUGUUCCGUGGAGCUGUUCGCACUGCACGCUGAUCAACGACGUCGGCGCCACCACAUGCGCCGCAUGCGAUCGGCCACACUUGCAACUGCCGUCGAGUGGAGCGGCAUCGUCGGUAGCUCCAAAUGAGGCAAGUCAGAAGCAACAACACACGCCAGCGGCGGCAGCUACCGCCGAUGUAUUCGUAUAACACGACGUGAUAAAAAAGACACUGUGCAAUCACAC